AUCCUAGCUGUGAGCUCUGAGGCUGCGGCCGUGGCUAGGCUCUCGCCUCGCUGUCUCCCGCGCGCUAUCCAAGCCGCCUCCUAGCGGCGCGGCGCCCGCUCCAACGCUUAAAAUGACAAAUGUGUAAUUUCUGUGGAAUAAAUGGCGUCCAAAGUCACAGAUGCUAUAGUGUGGUAUCAAAAGAAGAUUGGAGCAUAUGAUCAACAAAUAUGGGAAAAAUCUGUUGAACAAAGAGAAAUCAAGGGGCUAAGGAAUAAACCAAAGAAAACAGCACAUGUGAAACCAGACCUCAUAGAUGUUGAUCUUGUAAGAGGGUCUGCAUUCGCCAAGGCAAAGCCUGAAAGUCCUUGGACUUCUUUGACUAGAAAGGGAAUUGUUCGAGUUGUGUUUUUUCCUUUUUUCUUCCGGUGGUGGUUACAAGUAACAUCGAAGGUCAUCUUUUUCUGGCUUCUUGUCCUUUACCUUCUUCAAGUUGCUGCAAUAGUAUUAUUCUGUUCCACUUCUAGCCCACAUAGCAUACCUCUGACAGAAGUCAUUGGGCCAAUAUGGCUGAUGCUGCUUUUGGGAACUGUGCAUUGCCAGAUUGUUUCAACAAGAACACCCAAACCUCCUCUAAGCACAGUCGGUAAAAGAAGAAGGAAAUUAAGAAAAGCAGCCCAUUUGGAAGUCCAUAGGGAAGGAGAUGGUUCUAGUACCACAGAUAACACCCAGGAGGAAGCAGUUCAGAGUCACAGUACAAGCACCCCUUACACUGUUGGUGCUGUCUUCAGAGAUCUCUGGCAUGCUGCUUUCUUUUUAUCAGGGUCAAAGAAAGCAAAGAGUUCAAUUGAUAAAUCAACUGAGACUGACAAUGGCUAUGUAUCCCUUGAUGGGAAAAAGACUGUUAAAAGCAGUGAAGAUGGAAUACAAAACCAUGAACCUCAGUGUGAAACUGUUAAGCCAGAAGAGACAGCCUGGAUCACAGGAACUUCUAGGAAUAUUCCCAGCAAAGAUACUCAAAGGACAAUAACAAAUGUCUCUGAUGAAGUAUCCAGUGAAGAUGGUCCUGAAGCAGGAUACUCAUUACGUCGUCAUGUGGACAGGACUUCUGAAAACAUUCUUCGAAAUAGAAAGUCACACCACUAUAAAAAACAUUAUACUAAUGAGGAUGCCCCUAAAUCGGGUACUAGUUGCAGCUCUCGCUGUUCAAGUUCCAGACAGGAUUCUGAGAGCACAAGGCCAGAAUCUGAAACAGAAGAUGUAUUAUGGGAAGACUUGUUACAUUGUGCAGAAUGCCGUUCAUCUUGUACCAGUGAGACAGAUGUGGAAAAUCCUCAAAUUAAUCCAUGUGUGAAAAAAGAAUAUAGAGACGACCCUUUCCAUCAGAGUCAUUUACCCUGGCUCCAUAGCUCCCAUCCUGGAUUAGAAAAAAUAAGUGCUAUUGUAUGGGAAGGCAAUGACUGUAAGAAAGCGGACAUGUCAGUACUUGAAAUCAGUGGGAUGAUAAUGAACAGAGUGAACAGCCAUAUACCAGGAAUAGGAUACCAGAUUUUUGGAAAUGCCAUCUCUCUAAUCCUGGGUUUAACUCCAUUUGUUUUCCGACUGUCUCAAGCUACAGACUUGGAACAACUCACAGCACAUUCAGCUUCAGAACUUUAUGUGAUUGCAUUUGGUUCUAAUGAAGAUUUCAUGGUUCUUUCUAUGGUUAUAAUAAGUUUUGUGGUUCGUGUGUCUCUUGUAUGGAUUUUCUUUUUUUUGCUCUGUGUAGCAGAAAGAACUUAUAAACAACGUUUGCUUUUUGCAAAACUUUUUGGACAUUUAACAUCUGCAAGGAGGGCUCGAAAAUCUGAGGUUCCUCAUUUCCGUUUGAAGAAAGUACAGAAUAUAAAAAUGUGGCUGUCUCUUCGUUCCUAUCUUAAGCGUCGAGGUCCUCAGAGAUCAGUUGAUGUCAUCGUUUCAUCAGCUUUCCUAUUGACAAUCUCAGUUGUAUUUAUCUGUUGUGCUCAGCUGCUUCAUGUACAUGAGAUCUUUCUUGAUUGUCACUACAACUGGGAACUGGUCAUAUGGUGCAUCUCAUUGACACUUUUUCUCUUACGAUUUGUUACACUUGGAUCAGAAACAAGUAAAAAAUAUAGCAAUACCUCAAUAUUACUUACUGAACAGAUAAACCUCUACUUGAAAAUGGAGAAGAAACCUAACAAAAAGGAGGAACUUACGUUAGUGAAUAAUGUUUUAAAACUGGCUACUAAACUACUAAAGGAAUUGGACAGUCCCUUUAGACUGUAUGGGCUUACAAUGAAUCCACUGCUUUAUAACAUCACCCAGGUUGUCAUCCUGUCAGCUGUUUCUGGUGUUAUCAGUGACUUGCUUGGCUUUAAUUUAAAGCUAUGGAAGAUUAAGUCAUGACAAUUCAGAGGAGAGAUGUAGCCUCUUUCAGAGUAUGAGUUCUGACUACGCUGCCUGAAAGCAGUCACCAUCUCCUCACUUCAGAGGUCUCCACUGGGAAAUUGAAGUGUUUACAUCAGACUGUCGUGUGCAAUUCUUAUAUUUAUUUUACUUGUUCACUAUUUUUUUACAUUUAUUUUAGUGUUAUAUUUUUUUAAGCAUUGAUGUUCUUAUUUGUUGAAAGGGUGAUAAAACUGAUACCCCCAAUACUUGAGAUCCUGGUAAUUGCUUGUAAUUAACAGAAUAAGAAAUUAUGAAAAUAGAAGCCAUUGCUAAGCACUAUUUCUCCAUCAAUGCCGUGAACUUGCCUUACUUGAGAAAAAUAACUUUAAAAUAUUGCAUUGGACUCAACAAAACACAUGCAGCAUUUUCUUCAGUAUGUCAAGAUUUAGUCAGGGUUUCUCUUGAAAUAUUGUAGAACAAUGCCAGGAUCUAAACUUACUAAGCUACAGUUUAAGCACCCUUCAGUGUUAAUACAUACGGUAUUAUGUAAUAGGUCAACAAGUGCUCUUUGAUGAUAAAACUCUUAAUGGAGCAAUAAUUGUAAAUGGUUACCAUACUGUAAAAUAUUUUGAUAAAAAUAAAUUAGUAAUAAUUAUAUUUAUUUGAAACACUGGGCUGUUUGCACAGCUCCAACUGUGCAUGCUCAAAAUGUGCACUUUUAAAAAUGGUUACUUUUAAUGCAUAUCUUCCUAUGGGAUAUGUUAUAGUGUACUAGGGCAUGAUAUGGUAUCCUUUUGAGUGAGACACAUUCUCAACUCACAAGUGAAGUGCCUAUUGCUAUUACUAAAGUACGUUAUGUUUACUCAAGCAAAAUAAUUUUCUCCAUGGUACACUAUAGUGUAUGCUAUUCAUACUACACUUAAAUAAACAAUUUAAGUAUAAGAUUAAGAAUGAAUAAAAUAUUUAUCUGAGUUAUAAAAUUACAUCCAACUUUUCAGAAGAGACAGCUUCAGCAUCCAAAUUCUGCGCUCUAAACUUAAUCUGGUGCAACCUCCUGUCCAACCAUUUCCUGCCCUUCCCCCUGCCUUCCCCG